CUUGGCGAGUUAUUUGAUUCAGAAGGUCGAUCCGCGUGAAAAUGAGCAUCCUGCAGAAGAUUGCUGAAAUAGAGGCCGAGAUGGCCAGGACACAAAAGAACAAGAACACCAUGGGUCAUUUGGGAUUGUUGAAAGCGCGUCUGGCUAAACUUAGACGAGAACUUAUCGAGCCUAAAGGUGGUUCGGGUGGAGGUGGUGAAGGUUUUGACGUUGCUAAAACUGGCGAUGCACGUAUUGGUUUCGUUGGUUUUCCGUCUGUCGGGAAGUCGACACUUCUGUGUAACUUAGCUGGUGUCUACUCCGAAGUAGCGGCGUAUGAGUUCACAACUCUAACUACUGUCCCAGGCGUCAUAAGAUACAAAGGCGCUAAAAUUCAGUUACUUGAUUUACCUGGGAUUAUAGAAGGCGCUAAAGAUGGUAAAGGUCGAGGAAAGCAAGUUAUAGCUGUUGCCCGAACCUGCACUCUCAUUCUUAUGGUCUUAGAUGUCCUUAAACCUUUGCAGCACAAAAAGCUUCUAGAACAUGAGUUAGAAGGAUUUGGCAUACGAUUAAACAAAAGUCCUCCUAAUAUCACCCUGCGUCGUAAAGAUAAGGGAGGUUUGAAUUUCCAAGCUAUGGUUCCCCAGUCUGAAUUAGAUAAAGAAACAGUGAAAACAAUUUUAAAUGAAUAUAAAAUUCACAAUGCAGACGUCUUACUUAGGUGUGACGCAACCGCUGAAGAUUUAAUUGAUGUCAUUGAAGGGAGUCGGGUGUAUAUACCGUGUAUAUAUGUUCUAAAUAAGAUUGAUCAAAUUACUAUAGAGGAGCUAGAUAUUAUUUGUCGUAUUCCACAUUGUGUACCUAUUUCAGCUCAUCACAAGUGGAAUUUCGAUGAUCUGCUUGAACUUAUAUGGGAAUAUUUGAGUUUAAUAAGAAUUUAUACAAAACCUAAAGGACAGUUGCCGGAUUAUAGCGCACCAGUUAUCUUGAGGUCUGCAUCGCAUACAGUUGAAGAUUUUUGUAAUAAGUUGCACAGGACUUUGAUUAAGGAAUUCAAGUAUGCAUUUGUAUGGGGCUCUUCAGUUAAACAUCAACCUCAGCGUGUAGGCAAAGAACAUGUUCUUCAUGAUGAAGAUGUUGUACAAAUUGUAAAAAAAGUGUGAUUGAUUAAUGUGCUCUACCUUAUGGAUAGGCAACAUUUUUGUGUUAACUUUCAUCUAUCGAAGUUAUUGUGGACAAAUAGAAUCUACUUGUUGUGUAGAGUCUGCUGAAAUCUUUCAAAUUGUGUUAUAACAAAAAGAUUUAUAAAAAUAAUAAUAAAAUUAUUAUCAUGGA